UGUCGAACGAUUCAAGGAAAAGAUUUCAGAUUGAUUACAACGAUUACACGAUUACGCGAUCACAAUAGCUACCAGAUUUUACUAUAAAUACCGUUCGACCGCUACUCCCGGUAUCACAAGUGGAGGCAACUUUCACAAUGGAGAAGUACCUGGCGAUCCUGGCUUUCGUGGCCUUAGCGGCUGGAAAUCCCAUAAAUGAAUCCGACAAGGUGGACCUCCGUAUGGACGGUCGCAUUGUAGGAGGAGAGCCAGCGACCAUCUACGAGGCCCCGUACCAAGUCAGUCUGCAAUACAACGGCCGCCACUUCUGCGGAGGAAGCAUAAUCGCCGCGAACUGGGUACUCACUGCUGGCCAUUGUGUGGUUUACUCAGCCAGCUCUAUGACCGUCCGAGCUGGUUCCACCAACGUCAAUUCCGGCGGCUCGGUGCACCACGUACAGCAGGUGAUCAGACACAACAACUACAGGACCGACUCUCACGGCAUCCCCAACAACGACGUCGCCCUCUUCCGCGUCUCCGAGCCCUUCAAAUUCGACAACUCUCGUCAACCAGCGAAACUCUACCAAGGACAGUCCUCCUCCCUCGCAGGAAAGUACGGUCUGAUCACCGGAUGGGGCAAGACCAAUUCCGGAACGCCGACGGUGCUCAACAAGGUGCGAGUUCCUCUGCUCCGCAAGAGCGAGUGCGACAGCAGCUACAGGAACUACGGAGGAAUACCCGCGGGUCAGAUUUGCGCCGGAUUCAACGCCGGAGGCAAGGACUCCUGCCAAGGUGACUCUGGAGGACCAUUGUACGUGGAUGGAAGUCUUGCCGGUAUCGUUUCGUGGGGAUACGGAUGCGGCACUCCUAAAUACCCGGGAGUGUACACCGACGUUGCUACUUACCGUCAAUGGAUCCGUCAAAACAGCGGAGUUUAAUUGACAGAUAUUAAUCGAUAUGCAUAGACUGCUGAUCAUCGUAUCGAUUCGUUGAAACUUGGCGAUUCACAGGUUCACCAUGAGUCUUUUUUACUGGAAAUUCGAAAUGUAACAAUAUGAAAUUGCGACAUAGUAUUUUGUAAAUAUUCGGAUAAUAAACGGUCAUUGCUUG